AUGAGGGGGAAGCUGGACCCCUACUCCGGCCCCACAGGCCAUGCCAGUGGGCUGGGUCCCCACCGGAGGAAGCGGACCACUUUCAGCAGAGGGCAGCUGCUGGAGUUGGAGAGGGUGUUUGCAGCCCGGCCCUACCCGGACAUUGGCACCCGUGAGCACCUGGCCCGGGUCACCUGCCUUCCUGAGGCCAAGAUACAGGUGUGGUUCCAGAACCGCCGGGCCAAGAGAAUCAAGAAUACGAAGGCAGGAGGCCUAAGCCCGAGGCCAGCCCCCCCAAGAGCCCGUUCUCUUCCAGACACCCUCCAGCAGUCCCGGGAGCCCCGAAAACUAGGCCAGCUCCCGCCCUCCAACAGCACGCCUCAGUGUGCCUCACUGUGUAGACAUGCCUCCUGCUCAGCUCCUGGCUUGGGUCCAGGGCAGGGCCGGGCAGGGGCUAAAGCUGUAGCCCCAUGGGGACCAGCUGGGGCUUCAGCGACCCACCUUUCUUCAGAACGAGCUACUCCCCAGACCUCGUUGGGCAGCCUGUCUGACCUCAUCUAUGCCUCAGCCAUUGUCACCAACCAGGACCACUCCUAA